AUGUGGGAGCUGCAGUCAGCCUCCUUCUGGAGGGCCAUAUUUGCCGAGUUCUUUGCCACCCUCUUCUAUGUCUUCUUCGGGCUGGGGGCCUCGCUGCGUUGGGGCCCUGGACCCCUGCAUGUCUUGCAGGUGGCUCUGGCCUUUGGCCUGGCCCUGGCUACGCUGGUGCAGGCUGUGGGCCACAUCAGUGGAGCCCAUGUCAAUCCUGCGGUCACGUUUGCCUUCCUUGUGGGCUCCCAGAUGUCCCUGCUCCGUGCCUUCUGCUACAUGGCCGCCCAACUCCUGGGAGCCGUGGUGGGGGCUGCCAUGCUGUACAGUGUUACCCCACCUGCUGUCCGAGGGAACCUGGCACUGAACACGUUGCACCCUGGGGUGAGUGUGGGCCAGGCCACCGCAGUGGAGAUCUUCCUGACGCUGCAGUUCGUGCUCUGCAUCUUUGCCACAUACGAUGAGAGGCGGAAUGGCCGCCUGGGCUCCGUGGCCCUGGCCGUUGGCUUUUCCCUCACCCUCGGGCACCUCUUUGGGAUGUAUUAUACUGGUGCAGGCAUGAACCCUGCCCGCUCCUUUGCUCCUGCCAUUCUCACCAGAAACUUCACCAACCACUGGGUGUACUGGGUGGGCCCAAUCAUCGGAGGGGGCCUGGGCAGCCUCCUCUACGACUUUCUCCUCUUCCCCCGGCUCAAGAGUGUUUCUGAGAGACUGUCUGUUCUCAAGGGUACCAGGCCCAGGGACUCCACGGCACAAGCAGAGGGCACAGGGGAACCUGUUGAACUGAAGACCGAGGCCCUGUAA